AUGACCGAAAACUUUCUUGUCCCAUUCACCUUCAGCUGGCCGCAUUGGGGUUCACAUGUGCAGGUGGCCGGAGAUUUUGAUCCUCAAUACAAAUCAUGGAAUCCAAUUGACAUGCAUAAAGACGACGGUUCGCCCGAUUAUAAGAUUACUCUUAAUUUACAACCAGGAAAAUCCUAUCAUUAUAAAUUUGUUAUUGACGGCAAUUGGAUUGUGAAUUCAGACCUUCCCAGCUUUCCCGACAAUCAAAACAAUUUAAAUCACGUGGCUUUGGUUGAAAUUCCUCAACCAGAAAGCCCUUUAUCGAGUGAAGCAGGAUCACCAACUUCUAGCGCUACAUCAAUACACGAGCAGGAAGAGUCAAAAUGUGAAGAUAAUUUGAAUGAACAAGCAUUCAUGAGCGAACAAAGCCAAGAACAGCAAGUAAUCGAAGAACAAACAGUUAAAAAGGAAUCUUCCAUAGAAGAAAAUACUGUAAUCGGAGACGAGAUAGUUGAAGAAACUCAAAUCAUAGUCGAGAAAGGAUUCGUCGAGGGUGAUGAAGUAACAAAUGAGGGAAAACAUGUCAACGAAAAAGAGACUAAAGACGACGAAAGACUUGUUGAGGAAAGAGGAGAAUCGACGGUCGAUAAAAUACUUUUUGUGGAACAAAAGAAAGGAGAUAUGACCGAGGAAUUUGUAGAAAACCACGAUGAACAAAUAGUUACAACCGAAUAUAAUACAAAUAUUAGAGAAGCCGCAGAUAACGAUGAAACCGAGCUAGCGGCGAAACUUAUUGAAUCUUUUGACGCUUUGGAAACUUCACAGGCCGAUGAGUCUUUAGGUGUUGAAACCGAAUUUGGUGUUAAAGAGACAAUACAUGUUAAUGAAUACACUGUUGGAUCGAAUAGUAUUGAAAAUGAUCCGCACGUCAAGAAGGUUGGAUAUGAUGAGAUGGAGAAACCUUCAAAGAAUUCUAACGAUAAGGAAAAUUCUCAUAUCACAAAUCUCGCUAAAACUGAAAACAUACAACCCGUAAAAUCUCUUGUGGAUAUCAAAACCGAAACCUCGGUUGUAGAGGUUGAUGAGUCCAUAGAAGAUGUAGAAAUUGAAACCGUGACCGAGACCAUGAAAGCCGAAAAAUCUAUAUAUAAUGUCGAAACUGAAAAUUCGACUGCAGAGACUGAAGAACCUGCAGAAAAUGUUAAAAUUCAAACCGAGACCGAGAUCGAGAUCACGAAUGUUGUAAUUGAAAACUCGAGAGUGGAGGCUGAAGAAUCUACAGAAAAUGUUGAAAUUGAAACUGAGGCAGAGAUCGCGAAAAUUUGA